GGCGGCUUGCAGGAGGACGCACCGAUGCGCACCGCUACAAGUUGAGCUCUAGCAAUGUGCGUGUAGCAGGACACGGUGUGAUCGUGAAGCUGCAAGGACGGAAUCGUGUAGAGGAGAAACCCUGACUACCUGACGCGUGCGUGUGUGUGUGUGUGUGUGUGUGUGUGUGUGUGUGUGUGUGUGUGUGUGUGUGUGUGUGUGUGUGUGUGAAGCUGAGCUCCUGCGCUCGUGCAUCUCCCGGAUCCGCUCCGUCGCGCAUUCUCGCGGAUUUGAUGGACGCUUGAUCAGGAGGUGAUGCCCAUUUAUGUCAUCGAUCGCAAAUUUCCAGACACACCUGGUGAAUUGCCACAGGCUGCUCCUGAAGGACAGCACACUAUGGCGGAAAACAACACGCAAAAGAAGAAGUCCCGGUGGACGUCGCUGGAGAUUGGUCUCCUGACCAUCGUAUCGCUGCUUUUCGUAGUCGUCCUAGCCUUCAUCAUCCUCUUCAUCACGCACAGCAGCAGCAGAAGUGAUGGAGUUUGCACUACGGCUGACUGCACACGCUCAGCAUCUCGUCUCAUCGAGAACAUGGAUCCCACUGUAAACCCAUGUGAAAACUUCUACCAGUACGCCUGCGGAGGCUGGCUGAAAAAGAAUAUCAUCCCUGAAACCAGCUCACGCUACAGCACCUUCGACAUCCUCAGGGACGAACUGGAGGUUGUGCUUAAAGGUGUGCUGGAGAGAGAUGAUAACCUGAGUGGUAGUAGCUCUUUAGCCAAAGCCAAAACCCUCUACAGGUCCUGCAUCAAUGAAAGUCUCAUUGAACAGAGAGCUGGGACACCUCUGAUCUCAAUGCUGCCAGAUGUUUUUGACUGGCCCAUCGCGACGGAUGGCUGGGACACCACGUUUGGCGUCAGCUGGAGGGCAGAAGAUGCCAUUGCCAGACUGCAUGAGAAAUACGGGAAGCGAGUAUUAAUAAGUUUUUUUAUCGGCACAGACGACCGAGACUCCAAUUCCCACAUCAUCCAUUUCGACCAGCCGAGCCUUGGCCUGCCCUCCAGAGACUACUAUACCUGCACAGGGCCGUAUGAAGAGGCCUGUAGCACAUAUGAGAACUUUAUGGUCGAUCUCGCUGCGCUGGUGCGUAAAGACAGACGCUUGGAGGUGAACGAGACAAAAAUCAGAGAGGAAGUGGCCAUAGUGAUGCAGAUGGAGAAGGAGAUCUCUGAUGCUACAGACACACCAGAAGAUAGAAACAAUCCUGUUCUCCUCUAUAACAAGAUGCCCCUGGAGACCCUCAACACCAACUUCACACUCGAGUUCGAGAAAACAGUUUUUAACUGGACUCAUUUUACUAAUAAGAUUAUGGAUGCAAUCAACCUUCCCAUUGAGGACAGUGAGCAAGUCAUCCUUUAUGCCCCGAAUUACUUGAGGAGGCUCAACCCUGUCCUGGCUAAGUACACAAAGAGAGACGUCCAGAACUACAUCGUGUGGCGUUUCGCUAUGAACAUGGUGGUUGGCCUGAGCAGAGCGUACAGAGACACCAGGAAAGCUUUUAAAAAGGCCAUCUCUGGUACCAGUUCGGAGGCAGCAAUAUGGAGGCAGUGUGCGGUCUACGUCAACAGCAACAUGGAGAAUGCUGUCGGCAGACUGUAUGUAGAAGAAGCCUUUGCUGGAGACAGUAAGGACAUGAUGGAUGAGAUGAUCGCUGGCAUCAGAGAGGUGUUUGUGAAUAACCUACAAGACCUGUCAUGGAUGGAUGAUGAAACCAAGAAAGCUGCGAAAGAGAAGGCUCAAGCUAUUCGAGAGAGAAUCGGAUUCUCAGAAAACAUCAUGAACGAUACGUUUCUGGACGAGGAAUACAAAGAACUAAGCUACAGUUCAGAGGAAUACUUUGAGAACAUCCUGAAAAAUCUGGCGUUCGGUCAGAAGAAACAACUGCAGAGGUUGAGGGUGAAAGUGAACAAGGAAGAGUGGAUCUCGGGAGCAGCGGUGGUCAAUGCGUUCUAUUCAUCCAGCAGAAAUCAAAUAGUAUUUCCUGCUGGUAUCCUCCAGCCUCCUUUCUUUGGUAAAGGACAGCCCUGGUCCCUCAACUAUGGCGGCAUUGGCAUGGUGAUUGGCCAUGAGAUCACUCACGGCUUUGACGAUAACGGCCGCAACUUUGAUAAAGACGGAGAUCUGAAGGACUGGUGGACUAUGUCCUCAACACAGAAGUUCCAGGAACUCUCAAAAUGUAUUGUGGACCAGUACAGCACCUUUUCCUGGGACCUGGCCAGUGGACAAAACCUUAAUGGGAAUAACACGCUUGGGGAGAAUAUUGCUGACAAUGGGGGCAUUCGCCAGUCUUAUCAAGCAUACCAGGACCACGUCAAGAAGCAUGGGAAGGAAGCUCCGUUGCCUGGAAUUGAUCUUAACCAUGAGCAACUCUUCUUCUUAAACUUUGCUCAGGUCUGGUGUGGAACGCAUAGACCCGAACACGCCGUUAACUCCAUUAAAACUGACGUCCACAGUCCAGGGAAAUUCAGGGUUCUCGGAUCUUUGCAGAACUUCCCAGAGUUUGCCAAAGCUUUCAAGUGCCAGAAAAAUGACUACAUGUUGCCUGAAAAGAUGUGCCGAGUGUGGUGAUGACGCCGCAUCCACGGACAUUAAGGGCAUUUAACAAGCCCUGACUUCACUCGUAUGACCUCCUCGGUCCCAGACUAAGAAGGUCUGAUGUUCUCCACAGGGUAGACUGUCUUCUCCGAUGCAUUUCAGUCAUGUACAGACAUGGGGUGCUUCCUUAGAUCCACUCCUACAUGUCAAUUAAUUAGUUAAUUUUAGUCUGAAGAGAUCAUCAUGUGAUCUGUGGUGAUCUUAUUGUUUAUAAGAUGAAAUGUAAAAGUAUAGUCAUAUACUUAAAACUUUUUAUGUUAAUAUCAAAUCAAACUGUGAAUCCGGGAGAUCAGUAGCAUUUUCUAUGUUAAAGAUGUAUCACUAUUCAUUUAAACAUGGCAACUUUAGUAUGCUUUGGUUAGAUGAUAUUUGUAAUAUUUUACAAAAAACAAAACAAAAAAAAAAACAAAAAAAAAAAAACAAA